CACGUUCGUUUAGUAUAAAUAUACUUGAGAAAAAAGCUGUUAGGGUUUUAUUAGAUUCUUAUUACCUGUUCAAAGUUCUACUUGAGGGUUUAAAUAACCGAUUCUUGAUUUUUGAGGGUUUUGAAGCCCCUGUUUUGUCCUUAGAGAGUUCCUGCAACUGAUAUUUAGGUACUGUGUUAACCAGGUGGGCUGAAAUGGGUUCUACUUUUAGUUUCUUUAGUACACCACAAUUCGAGGUGCAUGUGGUGACUGGAAAUCGCCGUGGAGCAGGGACAGAUGCAAAUGUGUGGCUGACAAUUUACGAUGAGCAUGAUCAAAGGACUCCUGUGGUCAAGCUGAAUCACCUUUGGAAGAAUGACCACGAACGAGAUUCUACAAGUAAAUACCCUAUUCCUCCAAUAGAGGGCUUCGGUAAAGUUCAUAAAAUUGAGUUCUGGCGAGAUUCCUUCGGUGUGGGCCACGCUUGGUUCGUAGAUAGAAUUGAAGUUCAUCAUGUAGCUUCAGGGAAGGUGUUCUACUUCCCCAUACACCGCUGGGUGGACGCUAAUGUCCACUAUGUGGUUCACGAGUUCGAUUGUACUCUUCCUAACGAAGAUUAUUGUAAAGAACAGCGCCUAUCUGAGCUCAGUCGGAUCAAGAAAGAUUAUCAGAUCAAGGUGCACGUACCAGGUGGACCAGCACAGUGGGACAUAAUUAAGAACAAAGGAAGUCUUCUUCUAGCCACUAGCCUCAUCAACCUGUCUUCAAAAGACAAAUGGAAGUCAUUAGACGACCUUAAAACUGUAUACAGAUUAAAACUUGAAGAACCGGAGGUAGGUGGCGUUGCUAAUUUAGACAAUUCAGACAAUCAAGUUUUGGUAUAA